CUGCAGGUAGCUAACUUGGUUUUGGGUGCAUGACCCAUGCCUCACACACCAUGCAUGUUUUGUUUGUACGUCUUUCUUUGCAAUGCAUUAAGAAAUUGAGGAUAGGAAAAUACUCCCUCCGUCCCAUGAAACAUGAUACUUUUGCUUUUUAGGAGGGAUUUAAGGGGAGUGUAUUUUGGUAUUAAAUUUCCAAAAAUGUCCUUUGAUGUGAUGGGUAAAAGUAUGAUUUGAUGGAUAGAUUAUUAGUAAAAAGGUAUGAUGUGAUAGUUAGGGUAUGAAAAAGUAAGGGGUAAAAGUGACUUUUUAAUAGAAAUGAGAAGUGUUUUGUAGGACGGACAAAAAAAGAAAGGAGAAAGGUUUCAUGGGACGGAGGGAGUAUAUUUUUUUCUUCAAAGCCGCUACAUCCUUUAAAACCGGUCUCCGGCGUUGACCACUGUCGGUCGGGGUCCACCAUACUGCCGCUAUCACUUUGUCAGGUCGGCUUAAGAGAUCGGAGAUGCAAUUAGGCGCCAACUUUCUCACUAGAUUUUCAUGGGUAGAAGUGGAAAAUUUCUCCAAAUCGCGUAUCUCAGCGGUUGAACGCUGGCCCUGGGAAGCUUUCUGCAUUAAGCCGUGCGAGAAAAUAAGCGAGGGACUUAGAACCAAGGACUCUGUUAACGCAAGAAAAACACAAUUUUAUUUUCUUUUAGCGUUUUUUCCCAAACAGGCCCAAUGUCUUGACUACUCGAGGACGGCCCUGACUGCCUAACAUUGUGACCAUUCACACUAUUAUUUUGUUAUUACAAUGUCAUUAUUUACAUUGUCAAUCUCUUAAUUAGGAAAUAAAAAUAAUGCUACUAAUAUAUU